GAUUCCAGAUUGGGAGAGAAGGAAAUCCAUGUUUCGCAGCGUGGGCGCAAAAAAACACAAAACAAAAGGUCACUACGAUUUACCCUCAACGAAAAGUGGGAUGAUUAUUCUUGUACGCUACGCGCGACUCGCCGCAUUUGUGAAGAGGGGAAAGUGAAAUGGGUGUUUCGGGCGCAAUACUGAUUGGGAUGGGCUGGGAUAUGGGAUACCAAAGCGUUUUUCUCACUUUUAUUUUCACCUUUUUGUUUUGCCUCGUCUUGCUUUUUGCUGUCUGCCAUCUGUUCCUAUGCAGUCUGCAGUCCGAGUCUCGUACCCAGAGCACAACUGAAUUACAUCACAAUUAUAUAGCAGUUGGGACUGUCGCAUAUCGAAUUCCUUCUCCACAUUUGCUCUCUAUUUCCGCUGAGCUGCUCCUGCAAGAAAAUAGAUAUUGCUGCCGCCAUGUCGAAGCAGGCAUGAUAAUAGUAAGUUGGUUGGCAAUGUUCGUUUCCCCGCAGUGCCGCCGCGUCUUGCGUGUGCGUGGCGCCUGCGGUCGCAACGCUUGGACUAUUUCGACAUUUGGUGACGAAUAUCGAAGUAUAACUCGGAUGAAGGUUUUGAGGAAUUUGGUUCAAUUUGUUAUAGUUGGGUAAUUUUUUUUUUCUUUUUUGCCUCUUCUUUUUCCUCCUUUUCUGGGUGUAGUGGUUUCCUCGCGCCCUCUCACCUUAAUUCUCGUACACAAAGAGGGGCUUGUAACGAUGAGUGACUUCCACGACAGCGUUUGCUAGGUUGUAGUCUGUUCCAUG